GUCUGAACAAUUGAAAAUGUACGCUUGCUGAACUUUCUUUCAAUCAAUUCUCAAUUUCAUCUUUCCAGAAUUAUCUUCCUUCUUGUUCUUCAAUCUCCAUUGUUGCUAAGCUGAAAUAUGCCCUACAGUAGAGAUUAGUUAAUUUCAUAAACACCGCUAAAAUGUUGGAUUAUUAGUUUCCAUUUUUCCUUUUUAGACCUGAUUUGUGGAGGUCUAGAUUAGAAUUAUCAAGAAAUAUUUAUAAAUGCUGUUAGUGCCAAGUCAAAUAAACUACCAAGGCCCCAGAGUGAGGGAGCUUAAUUGCAUGUAAUGGAGUAAUAUCGGCUGUUCAAACCACGCAUUAGUCGUGGCUUUAGUUGGUUAUUAUUAAUCGUUUGCUUUGCUAGUGCUCAAAUAAAGGACGUGCAUCCAUAAAAAAGACAAUUUAUUACUAGGUGUAACAAUGUGUUUAUAUUAUUAAAUCUAUACUUCUAUUUUGUUAUUAUUUGGUUAUAAGAGCCCGUUUGGUAGCACCAAAAUCGGCUGUUUUGGCUGAUUCUGCUGAAAUUUAUGAUAUUCUGGCUGGAGUGGCUGUUUUGGCUGAUUCUGCUGAUUUAAGAAAAAAAUAUUUUAAAAAUAUAUUUUAUUAAUAAAUUAAAGAAAAAAUUAUAUGUAAAAAUAGCUAAAAUGGUCCUCUACAGUAACUUCAGCCAAUACAGCCAGAAAAGUAACUCCAACCUUACUUUUUCGGCUUAUUACACAAUUCAGCGCGCGAAAGUAAAAGUUACGUGUUUGGUGAAAAAGCUGGCUGAUAAGCCUGAUAAGCCGAAAACAGAGUUCUCCAAACGGGCUCUAACCUAACUUUUUCACUUGUCUCUUUCUAUAAUUUGCUAUGUGUUUCAAUAGAAUGUCUGCUCGUAGAGGUUCAUUCACUUCGUUUACUUCCUCCCACGGAGGUCGGGGAGGUUGAGGUAGCCCACACAUAAUCCGGAAUGAGCAGAACUCUCCUCUAGCUUAUUCACAUGAGUCUGUCCAAUCCCGACACCUUUCUGAUGAACAUACAAAUGGUUUUGAUUCAUCGACCCCUGAUGAAUCUGUUCAGAAGAAGACCUUCAUUUCACCCACUGAAAUGAGAAGCAAUCCUACUAUCCUCAAAGACAUCAUUUCAAUCCUGACUAACCAUUUUCACGGGCCAUGGCGUUCUUAUAUGAAUACGGAUGCUGAUCAACGCAACCAUUGGCGGGAACUGUUUCAGAUAUGUUAAAGUUUUCAGAGAAAAUAUGAGUGGGAUGCCUGCUUUAAUACCAAAAUGAAAAAGAAGUUCAAGUCUCGGGCCUUUGAAUGGUUGAGCAAAAACAUUGGUAGAGCUAGGCGGGACAACAAGAAGCCGGACUGGAUUGGUAAAGGAGAUAGGAAGCUUUUACAAGAGUAUUGGACCUCUGAUGCGAUAUAUCGCGGUGGCAGGGUACCGGUUUCGUCGCAUGUUGAAAGGCUGGUGUAUGUCGGACGUUGAAUGUUCUAGCAAGAUAUCGGGGCCAACUCAGCAGAAAAUUGAUUCCCGCAUCAAGGACCAGCUGGAAGCCCAAAUUGCGCAGCAGGGAAAGCAGUGUCAAACUCAGAUGGCGAACAUGACUUCCGUUUUUACGGCGUACAUGGAACAAGUGCGAAGUAUGAACCCUUCCGUCCCGCUGCCUGAUUUCUCGGAUUUUCGUACCCCGACCUCCGCCCAAAUGAAUGGGCUCCAUGACUCGAAUGAAGUGUGGCUGGAAGAUAUAUAUGUUUGUGUGAUGAAAAAACAAUUUUAAUUUAUGUACUAGUUCUGGACACCUUCUGGCAAUUUAUUUGCCAUUUUUACUUUUGUUUUGGCAAUGGUUUAUCUGCCUGGACUGCAGUAAUAAUUUGAUGUUCCGUACAUUUGCUCAUUUAUUU